AAUAAAAUAAUACAUUUCUUCCCAGGUCAGUUUAAGGUUGUUGGUUCACCUGAGCCAAUAGCUACAAUUGCCGGUGAUGACAUAAUUUUGCCGUGUCACCUGAAUCCUGCCAAGGAAGCUGUUUCAAUGGCCGUGGAGUGGACGAGACCUGAUUUGACCCCCAGAUUUGUCCAUGUGAGACGUGGCGGCGAGGACCUGCUGGAUGGCCAAAACCUGAUGUAUGAGGGAAGAACAUCAAUGUUCAUCAACAAGCUAAAGCAUGGAGACACUUCACUGAGACUGUCCAACGUGAAACUCUCUGAUGCAGGAAAAUACAGAUGUUUCUUUCCAGAUUAUAAUAGAGACGCUUUUGUUGAGCUUGUUGUUGGUGUUGUAUCCUCACCUGCUAUAGUAGGCAUUGACCGAUCCAGUACUGGAUUGGUUCUACAGUGUGAGUCUAAAGGCUGGUAUCCAGAGCCUGAGGUGUUCUGGCUGGACGCUGAGGGAAACCUCCUCUCUGCUGGACCUACAGAGACAGUCAGAGGUCCUGAUGACCUCUAUACUGUCAGCAGAAGAUUGACUGUGGAGAAGAGAUACAGCAACAGCUUCACCUGUAGAGUCCAACAGAAGAACAUCAACCAGACCAGAGAGACUGAAAUCCAAAUUCUAGAGGAUGUAUUCACAGCCCCGUCCUCUUCUGCUGUUCGUAUCUCCAUGGUCUUGUCUGUUGUUGGCUUCCUGCUUUGUUCUGUAGCUUUCGUUGUUUGGUGUAAACUAAGAAACAACAAAAGGAAUAACAAGAUGCACCAUGACAAUGAAACUGGAGAUGGAACAGCUGAAACAGACGAGCUUGUAGAAGAACCAAAGAAAAUGGAGGAUCAGAAAGAGGAAAAGUUAAAGGAGAAAGAGGAAGAACAGAACGACAUCAGAUAUUUGAUUUCAGUACUGGAGGAAAAGAAGAAAGAACUGGAAAACUCCAGAGACGAACUGAAAUCACAGAUAGAGGGGGUGGAGAAAAUGAUGAAGAAGAGUGAGAAGGAACUUGAGAAUGUAAAGUAUGGUUUCCUUUGGGACAAAGAUGACAAAAUGAACAAGCUAUUAGAGGUCAAACAGGAACUUGUCAACAAAAAGACAGAAUGUGAGAAAUCUUUCCAGAGCACAGUGGAAAUACUGCAGGAAACAGAGAGC